AUGAUGGAGAAUAGGAAGAACGAUGGAGUUAUUGGAGAAGAAGAAUGUUCCAUUGACGGUGACAUUCUCGCCUCUAUCCUCUCCAAUUUGCCGCUCCUCGACCUCUAUUCCGCCUGCCAGGUGUCCAAAUCCUGGAACCGCGCCGUCUUCUUCUCCCUCCGCAACCUUAAGACCAUGCCGUGGUUGUUAGUCUACACACAGAGGAUUAUGCCGCCGUUCAUCAUGGCGGCGAUGGCGUACGAUCCAAAGUCCGAUGAGUGGAUCGAGCUCAAAACCGCAUCUCGCGUUAAACACCUGUCCGUCUAUGGAUCCUCCCACUCGACGUUGCUCUACUCGCUAUCGCCGAAAAGAUUCUCCUUCUCGGUCGACGCGUUUCACCUGAAUUGGCGACACGUGGCACCGACGAGAGUGUGGAGGGUCGAUCCAAUCGUCGCCGUCGUGGGACGGAGCCUGAUCGUGGCCGGCGGCGUGUGGCAAUUCGCAGACGAUAAACUCGCCGUCGAGUUGCUUGACCUUGACAUCGAAUCCGGCGGCGUCUGGGAGAGAUGCGAAUCGAUGCCGGGAUCCCUCUUGGGAUCCCCGUCCUCCACGUGGCUAUCCGUCGCGGUGAAUUCGGAAAAGCUGUACGUGACGGAGAAGAGAUCCGGCGUCGCGUGUUGUUUCGAUCCAGAGACUAGAUCGUGGACGGAGCUUCUCGAUUUCUCUCCCGGCGACUGUAAGUUGUACUCCCGCGAGAUUGGAUUCGCCGGUAACCGUCUAAUCAUGGCUGGGAUCACCGGAGAUGAGGAUAUUCCGACGGGAAUCAAACUGUGGGAAGUAGCAGUAUCCAACGAAUCGCCGAUGAAUUUGAAAUUCGAGUCGAUUGGAUCCAUGCCUAAGGCGUUUUUCGAUAAACUCAGAGUGAUCGAUACUGAUCGGCCGCUAACGUCGAUAGCGUUUAACGCGGUGGGAGAUAUGGUUUACAUUCGUGAUGCAGCGGAGACCGGAGAGAUUGUGGCGGCGGAGAUAGAAGGAGGAGGAAAGCUUUGCAGAUGGAGGACUCUGACCAAUCAGAAUAAAUGUGACGCAACAGAGAGGCUUAUCGUUGCGUGCUCAAAGGUGAGUUUUAGCGAUUUGAAACGCGCGUUAAAGGAUAAUUUGAGUUUCUCUGUGGUGUCACGGACACGACAGGUGUGA